AUGUCUACCCAGGUUCCCCAUACUGCGGUCAACAACAAUGCUGGCUACCAAAAUGGAGUUUCGACUUACGUUCAAAGUGCACAAGGCAACGGUACUCCUCGAGGUAACACCAACUACCAGCAGGCCAUCUACCAGAACGACGUGGUCAAGAAUGGCAACACCGGCGGCCACGACUACUUCCGCUUCAAGACUCCCCCCCCGGUCAUCCAGCCUCUGGUCUUGGAUGUGCCCAAGAAGACGAUUGAGCUGUUUGCCGCCCCGACCAAGGAGAUCAUGGCUCAACGCUCUGUUAUGCUGAACCGCAUCGUCGGAGAGGACGGCCGUCCCACUUUGGAGAGCCUCAUGGAUCCCGAGAAUUUCCCUUUCAUCGAGCCGGCUAUCGUGCAGUCUGCCCCCAAGGAUUACGGUGUCGUCCACCUCAAAAACAUCCCGUACAACAGCAGCCGAGCUGAGAUUGUGGCCUUCCUUGGUCGCAACUCCCGAAUCCUGAAUGACAACGAGGAACCUGUCCACAUCAUUAUGGAUCGUGUGACGAGCAAGACCAAUGACGCCUAUGUCGAGUUUGUGACCCUUGAAGAUGCCAUCAAUGCGGUCAACCGCAUCAAGAACAACAUGCUCAAAGGUCGUUGUGCGCGGCUGGGAGAGAGACCCGUUGACAUCGAGGUCUCCAGCCAGAGUGCUUUGAUGAAGGAUCUCUUUCCCAUUGCCCGUGGCCUACGGUGGAAUGGCUCUCGACCCGAGUUCAAGCAGCCCAAUCCCAAGGAGCCCUGGGAUAAUUUUAAGACCUUUGUCACGGCCGAGGAGAUGUGCAUGCUGGUCAAGCACGUUGAAGUUCCGAACCGCGUAACUCACAUUAUUCCAUCACAGUCCCCGUUCUCUCGCGACUGUCCCGAGCGCGCCUAUGAGUGCCUCAUCAGCACCAUCAAGAAAAUGCCCUGGUACACGACGGAGUGUAUCACCAUCAAGCAGCGUCACGACAUCUACGAGGCCUGUGCCAAGCUCAUUGAGAACCUGAAGAUGAAUAUCCACGACGGCAGAUCUCCCGAACGCCUCAACGAAACUUUGCAAAAGCGCCUUGUUCAGGCUGCCAUGCUUUGCCCCGGCUUCACUGUCGUCCAGAAGGACAGCAUUGCUUCGUUGGUUAACAUGCCCGACAUGGAGCUCCGCAGCUUUAACAUGCCGCGAUAUCCCGACCUUUGGACCCACCAGUACACUCUGGGACCUAAGCCUGGUAUUCCGUUGGAUGUGCUCGAGUACUACAUUGCCAUCAUCCGCGAAGAGACCACCCGCGCCUUUGCCACCCUGAGCAUCCGCGAGAAGCAAAGCCUCUACAGUCGAGGUAACAACGGCUACUGGGGUUUCUUCUGGCGCGAAAUUGCCUUCCCUACCGGCGAGACCUUCGACGAGCUGACUCUAGCUGAGGCUGCUGAGAUGGAGUGGGACACGAUUGACCGCAUUAUCCGCCGUGCUGUUGAUAUCGCCUACGGUGGUACUGGUUCCGAGUACAGCCCUCGUAAGGGAAAGGAGCCGCUCCAGAUCACUGAUGGCUCGACCAAUGGCAAUGGCUUGAUGCUUCAGGGCGCCAACGGGGAUGGUGUCUCUCUUCACUGGUAGAGGCGAGCCCGAUCCAACAAUGAACUGCCGGCUCUCUGCUGUCUAGUUGCUGGUCGCACAGCACCCGUUCCUUCCUCAGAGGGAAUCAUCAUCUUUGGCAUCGCUGAGACCGUUGAGAAGACUCAAUCUUCUGAGCAUGAGCUCAGUGCUCUUCGCCAACUGGAUAGGCCUUCUGGAUGGGGAUAGAUUUAGAGACGCUGGCUUGGGACGGCGAGAAAAUGUUGCAACGGUUGGAAUGGUGUGGUGGACGUUGAUUGCUUGAUUCUUUUCGUUUUCUCCAGGCUCACUGCCUCCGGUCGUUGGCAGCUCCUAUCUCCUGGCUGAGAUGUUGAGCACCAUGGUGAUGCCACCACGGAAUCUGGAAAGGAUAAACGACAAUCGAUACUAUUUUCUUGCUUGGGCAUGAUUACUUACAUCUACCGUUUAUGUGCUGUGGAACGGCAGGGUCAGGGUGAAAUACCCAAUGGUGGCUCUCUGCCUUCUAGAUGGGUUUCAGGGC